UGCAGGGCAGGCAGUGCAAGUACUGGAGCUACAUGGCCAUACCAACACUGAACAAAUGAGCAUGUGACUUCGUACCAGGGUCUGCGCCACAUGAUCUGGACAAGUGGAGGAGGAAACCUAAAUCAAUCAGUGGUCGUCCUUCAAUCGCAAAGAGAAGCAGCGAGCAGCCAUGUCGACAAAAACAUCCCUCCUGAAAGUUAUCCUCCUGGGCGACGGUGGUGUUGGAAAGAGCUCCAUCAUGAAUCGCUACGUCACCAACAAAUUUGACGCACACCUUUUCCACACCAUCGGGGUGGAGUUCCUCAACAAGGACCUAGAGGUGGACGGCCACCAGGUCACCCUGCAGAUCUGGGACACUGCCGGUCAGGAGCGAUUUCGCAGCCUGAGGACUCCUUUCUACCGAGGCUCCGACUGCUGUUUGCUCACCUUCAGCGUCGACGACAGCCAGAGUUUCCUCAAUUUAGGAAACUGGAAGAAGGAGUUCAUCUAUUAUGCGGACGUCAAAGAGCCAGAGAAGUUCCCUUUUGUGAUUUUGGGCAACAAACUGGAUGUGACGGAGAGGCAGGUGUCCACCGAGGAGGCGCAGCAAUGGUGCCAGGAGAACGGCAACUACCCGUAUUACGAGACCAGCGCCAAGGACGCCACAAAUGUAGCGGUGGCCUUCGAGGAGGCAGUGCGCAGAGUGUUGGCGAUGGACGAGCGAGCGGAUCACCUCAUCCCCACGGACACGGUCAAGCUCCACAGAAAGCCUCGCUCUGCCACCACCUGCUGCUCCUAACGUCCACGUGGUGAUGAGUAACACUGAAGAAUAAUGCUGUUAGGUGUACAAAACUGUAUUAUCAUAUUAAAGCUAAUAACAUAUUUGAUCAGGGUUUGCUUGCAGUUGGGAUCAGUUUAAUAGAAACACUACUAAAUGUCUUAUUAUAAAUAAACAUAAAAUCACUGGAUUCACUCCAGUUCAAAAGGUCAGACUAAGAAUAAACAUUUGAUGUAGGCAGUGUGUGGGUACUUAGAAAUAUGCCAAUCUGUAGCUGUGUACGAAAAGAUGAUUCAUGUUAAUAUGUAAGCAACUAAGCCCCAUAUACAUUUAAUGCUGAGGCAGUUUGUUACUAACAAAUUUGUUGAUUUUGACACCCGUCUGCACACAUUUCUGCAUUGUGAAUAGAUCGCUAAAUCCUCAAUGCACCGAUGUACUAACUCUGGAAUCCAGAUAAAAUAUAAAACUGGAAGUGUUUAUUCUGUAUUUUUUCCCCCACAUAAUUGCACAUGCCAAGAACUGAGCGUAAAGGAAGGUGUGAUGGAUUUCUGGCUAUUAUUGAAGCCUUUAUAGUACAUUUUGAGUUUGUGUUAUAUUAUACAGUUGAAGGUCUUUUUUUUUUUUUUUGCAUUUCCUGUUUUAUAUUAAUAUGCCAACCAAUGAAUAAAGCACCUGGGAAUCUC